CCUUUUCCUAUUCAAUUUCACUCCCUGCGCCGUGAACUGUGAAGCAUUCCCUUCAGAUUCCGACCUCAACUCUACGCUCAGAUUGAUGGCUCGUGGGAAGGCGAAGGUUGAUGCCGGGAUGAGCUCUGUCACCGGAGAUCCCCUCGCGCGCAAGAACGCUGGCCCGACAAAAUUUAAGGUUUAUUCGGAGAGGGGGAAGCUCAAGACUGAUGCUGCAGCAGACAGCUUACGAAAAUCUGUAGCGGCUACUAAAGGCACAACUCAGCCUGGGCUGACAAUUGGCCCCAAGAACAUGGAGAAGAUCAAAGGCUUGCGUGAUAGUUCCGUUUUCCAUCGUUCAGUUAAGACAAAUGUGAGAAGGAAAGCUCUGGCAGAUGUUAGCAAUAUUCGUAAAAUUGGUUCAAGUGGAGUAGCCUGUGAUGGGUCCAAACCAAUGAAGUACAAAAGCGACAGAAUCACAUCUAUAAAGCGGGAAUCGAUAGAUCCAGGUGUCAGAACUGCUAGUGCUUUGCCCAGAAAAUCUAUUACGGCACAAGCACAGGGAAGACUAAGUCAGGGUACUGGGGAACCAUGUCCAUUGAAGAGAGACAUGAAGGAGUUGGUUGCUUCUUCUAAUGCUCAAAGCACUAAGACCAAGGAAACAUGUGGCGGUUCCACAUUUACUGAUAAUAGGAGAAGUCGAAUCAACUCUCUGGCAUUGCCAAGGAAGAUUUUACCAGUUUUAAGGAGAAAUAAUCAGGAAAAUUCUGACAGUUCAGAUAAGGGGAAGGGAAAAACUGCCAUUGCCAUAAAAGCUAAGAGCGGUAAGAAGAUGCUGCCCCAACUAAGCAACACUGGAAGCCAUAUUGCGAAGAAUAGACCAAGUGAUGGGCAUAUUAUGACGGUCCCGAAGGGUCAAAGGAAUAUCGCUACCCAUGCAUCCUCUGGAAUACCUACCACAAGAACUGGAAACAUUGCAAGAGUGGUUCCAAAUAUCCAAACAACUAUAAAGACCAAGCAUCUACCAGCUGCUGACAAAUCAUCCUCAGUCCCUGCAGUCUCAUCAGGAACUGAUAAACCAGAGACAAAUCCUGUUCCUGAAGAUAUCGCAUCAACUGUAUCACAAGAGAACAAAAGGCAAGAAAUUCCAUCUGGGGAGACCAGCCUUUUAGAAGAAAACAAAGAGAAAGCUAUUGUCAAAGGAAAAGCAGGGCGCAGGCGAUCUUACACAUCUCUGCUAAUGGCUAGAUCAAAGUUCCUUGGAGAACAUGGUGAGGUCGUGAAGCAGGAAAAUGUACCAAAUAUAGAUGAUGGUAGCAAUCAAUUGGAAGUCGCUGAAUAUGUUGAUGAAAUUUAUGAGUAUUACUGGAUUACAGAGGCACAGUUUUCCUCUUUGGCCAAUUACAUGUCAAUUCAGGGCGAUGUCACGUCUCCUAUGCGAGGCAUAUUGAUAAAUUGGCUCAUUGAGGUGCAUCUUAAAUUCGAUUUGAUGCAUGAGACACUCUAUCUCAUGGUCACACUGCUAGACCGAUAUCUAUCUCAAGUGCCAAUCCAGAAGAAUGAGAUGCAGUUGGUUGGUCUUGCUGCACUCCUGUUGGCAUCCAAAUACGAGGACUUCUGGCAUCCGAGGAUUAAGGAUCUGAUCAGUGUCUCAGCCGAGUCCUACACAAGAGAACAAAUGUUACGAAUGGAAAGUUCUAUCUUAAAGAAGUUGAAGUUUCGCCUAAACAUCCCCACUCCUUAUGUUUUCAUGUUAAGGUUCCUCAAAGCUGCUCAGUCGGACAAAGUGCUCGAACAUCUGGCUUUUUACCUCAUCGAGCUCAGUUUGGUUGAGUAUGAAGCUCUAGAGUUCAGAUCUUCACUGCUGUGUGCAUCGGCAAUCUAUGUCGCGAGGCUCACCCUGCAAAUUUCUCCCACUUGGACUCCACUUCUCAUGAAACACGCAAGAUAUGAAGUUCCACACAUGAGGGAAUGUGCAGAAAUGAUUCUGAGGUUCCACAAAGCAGCUCGAAAGGGACAGCUGAAGGUCACAUAUGAGAAGUACGCCGGGCCCGAUUUGAGCGGUGUUGCAAUGAUUAGGCCCUUGGAGAAACUUCCAGCUUGAUUCUACAUGCUUUCGUUCAUUCUGUCCUCUGUAAAUAUAUCCAGAGCUCUUACAUCUAGCUCUGCUGCAAGAGGAGUCCUUCUGAUUACACACUGUUUCCAUCGAACUUUUCAGUUCUGCCAUCCGAUCCACAAUCCACAGAUUCGAGUUUUUACAGAACUGAACAUCUGCAUGGUUGCAUGCUGUUUUGUAAUUCGUGCAACCUGAUGAUCAACAAAUGUUGAAUUGGUUGUCUGUGUGAUACAGAUAUUUCCAUAUUUGGAGUGUACUGUGCCUAGGGGUCAUUGCCAUGCUGAUUGUUGUAAUACACUUAAAUGUAGCAAUGCAAAGAGUUGUCUUUCGUGAUU